GGCUCUUCGUGCUAAGUGCACCUGGAUACUCCAUUUGGUUACAUGGUACUUCAUGUCUGUGGACCUAUAGCGUUGCACCCGGCUACUGUAGUAUCGGAUCUCGCCUCGCUUUGCCAUUCUUAAAAACUCCUCCAGUAUGAAGGUUGUGCUUGCGCUUGCGACGUUGCCGUACGUGACCGGAGUUAGGGACUUCAAUGCGGAAGCAAAAGUUCUUGUGGAUGCAAUGUCCAUCGACGAGGUGAUCGGCCAAAUGACGCAGGUGAACAUUGCCUAUGUCAUCGAAGACCAGAACGAGAAAAAGGUAGUCGAUCCAUCCAAAGUCGCGGAUCUGGUCAACCACCGCAUUGGGUCGUACUUGAACUCGCCCUUCGCCACGUCGACGUCGGACAACUCAAGUGGGUGGAACGUCGCCGAAUGGCGCAGCGCGAUCAGUCAGAUCCAGACCAAGCACAUCACCGAGACGGACCACCCCAUCAUUUAUGGCGUAGACUCGGUGCAUGGCGCUACCUACGUCCAGAAUGCCGUGCUGUUUCCCCAUCAAAUCAACGUCGGCGCCACGUUCGACCCAGCCUUCGCCAGCCAAUUGGGGGAGUUCGCUGGGCGCGAUACCCGAGCCGCGGGAAUUCAUUGGAUCUUUGGGCCGACCUUGGAAGUCGCCCGCCACAAAGGCUGGCCGCGCAUCAUGGAGACGUUCGGAGAGGAUCCGACGGUCGUGGCGGACAUGGGGCGAGCCGUAGUGCAGAGCAUCCAGAAAAGAAACGUGGCCGCAUGCUUCAAGCACUACAUCGGGUACUCAGGCAGCCAGUCGGGAAAAGACCGCGAACCCGUGAGCCUGACCAAGCACGAGCUGCUCAACAUCUUCAUGCCGCCGUUCAAAGCCGUGAUUGACGCCGGGGUCAUGACCGGCAUGGACUCGUUCAUUGCGUUGAAUGGCGUCCCCACCUCUGCGAACCGGCAAACGUCCAUCGACUUGCUGCGCACGGAUUUGAAGUUUGACGGGUUCUUGGUGUCGGACUGGGAAGAGAUUUACAUGAUGCAGUACUUCCACAGCUAUUCGGACAGCAGAGAGGACUCCGUGUUCAAAGCCAUGUCCAACUCGUCGCUAGAUAUGAGCAUGGUUCCGAACGACGCGAGCUUCGUUCCGAUCAUGAAAGAACUUCACAGCAGUGGAAAGGUCUCCGAAGAUCGCAUUCGCACGUCAGCCCAACGCAUUGUCAAAGUCAAACUGCAGCUGAACCUUUACGACGACCCCGUGCCUGGCGCGGACUUGGCCAAUCUCGUGGGCGAUAAAAUCAGUCAAGAUGCCGCCUUGGAAACGGCCAAGGCGUCGCUAGUGCUGGUCAAGAACACGAACGACGUGCUGCCACUAGAUCCCGCCAAAUCCUUCUUCUUCACGGGGCCCUCCAUUGACGACAUUGGGCUCCUUUGCGGAGGUUGGACCAUCCGCUGGCAAGGGGUACAGGGCACCAGCAACUUCCCAGCGUACGGUAAAACGAUUCAAGCGGCCAUGAGUGCCGUGGUGGGCGAUGACUCGCGAGCUCAGUUCUACCAAGGUGUCGACAUCACUGGAAACUCCCAGUCGUGGGACAUCGAUGUGGCCAAGGAGAAGGCAAACGCCGCCGACUAUACUGUGAUUGCGCUGGGAGAACGUUCUUAUGCCGAACUGCUGGGCAACACCGACCCGUAUGAACUGCCCAAGGGACUGACCGACUACGUCGAGGCUCUCUCCAACACGAGCACCAAAAUCAUUUUGGUGCUGGUGGAAGGACGCCCUCGCUUGUUGAGUGGCAUUGCAGAGCUCGCUGCAGCGGUACUGUAUGCGGGUUUGCCCUGUGAAUUGGGUGGGGAAGCCAUCUCGAGCGUGCUGUUUGGUAGCACAAAUCCCAGCGGCAAGUUGCCGUUGACGUACCCUAAAUCCGCAGACCAACUCAACUUGGCCACCCCGUACUAUGGGCGUAUUGGUGACGAUUGUGUCAUGGGUGAAGUGUCGACAAGCUGUCCGGUGGAAUGGCACUUUGGGCACGGGUUAAGCUACACAUCGUUUAGCUACUCGGAUGUUCAGUUGUCAGCCACGAACCUGACGCCAUCGUCGAGUCAGACGACGGUGACUGUCACCGUCAAAAACGAGGGCAAAGUGACCGGCAAGGAGUCGGUGCUCUUGUUCGUGUCGGCACCCGGGGGUCCCGAAACGAGGUUGCUCAAAAAGUACACCAAGGUCGAGCUGACGCCAGGGCAAGCCACGGACGUGACUUUUACGCUCUCUCCGGAUGACUUUGGCAAAUACGUCAACGAAAUCGGUAGUGGGCUGCUCAAAGAGGCGACUGCUGGGACUUACUACGUGUCACUCAAGUACGACACCCAUUGCAACGCAGACACCCUUGGUCCCCUCUGCAAAUCGUUCACAUGGAACUCAACUCCCCCAGCCCCUAUUCAAGACCUCAUUCCAGGAACUCCCCCAGCCCCUAUUCAAGACCUCAUUCCAGGAACUCCCCCAGCCCCUAUUCAAGACCAUAUUCCAGAAGGCUGCGGGAUUUUGUGA